UUUCAACAGCAAGUGUCCCUGGAUCUGGUGGAGAUACUGUUUAGAGAUCAGUAUUACAGCAGAAGUGAUAUGCACAGACUACGCACUAGCAUGAUAGGAUCAUGUGUUUACCUGAAUAAGAAGAUAAAAUUCAGUGAGAUGAGGGCACAAGUAAAUGAGCUAUGGUGUAGAGGUGAGAAAGUGACCUGUGGUGUGAUCUCUGAUGAUACAAGGAUUGUAUACAGAAGUUCCACUGCUGUUGUUCAGAUAUUCAUUCAAAUGAGUUCAGAAAUGUGGGAUUUUGACAUAAAUGGCGACCUGUACUUUGAGAAGGCAGUCAACGGAUUUUUAACAGAUUUAUAUGCUAAAUGGAAGGAACAGUGUUGUCUUCAUGAUGUAACAAUUGUAAUGUUUUCAAGGACAUUUUAUGAGGCCCACUCCAGAGAUGAGUUUCCUCAGUACAUGCAGGAAUGUUUACAACAAGAUUACUUGGGGAGAUUUUAUGAGGACUUUUACAGAGUUGUGGUUCAGAAUGAGAGAUAUGAGGAGUGGACGGAAACAAUCAAACAACUGAGAAAGAUUUUCAACGAGUAUUCUAAAUGGGUCCUUAAUUAUCACACACUGCGAGGGUACAAAGUUCCCAAGGCCUUUAACUCGGCAGCUGCACAAGGGAAUUUUCUAGAGACCCUUAACAUGUCUCUUAAUUUAUUUGAACGUUAUUACAUGGACCGGAACUUUGACCGAACCGGAAAGGUUGCAGUGGUAAUAACGCCUGGGGCGGGAGUAUUUGAGGUGGACCGGGAGCUUACCAACAUUACAAAGCAGAGAACAAUAGACUGUGGUGUUGGAAGUGACCUUGUGUGUAUGGGAGAACAACCAUUACAUGCUGCACCUUUAUUUAAGUUCCAUAGCAAGAAUCAUAAAAUAGCUUUUGAAGUUGGUGAUGAUUACAACAUCCCUCACUGGAUGAAUCACAGCUUUUAUACAUCGAAAAACCAGAUUCAGUUUUAUUCUAACAAGACAUUUGUUCCGAGGAUCAAAAUUCCCCCAGAAAUAUUUGAUAAGAAGAAGCAGAAAGAAGCCGUUGUAGAACAAGAAUUGUCUUAUGGUUCGGAUGAUGAUAAUUUCCCAUUUGUAGACUAUGAUGAAUAUGAUGCUCAGGUGUUUAAGUUACCAAGCCGUAAUAUUUCUAGUCUGAGGAAAGCCAGCAGCACAAAAGGUCCCAAGUCUGACAUCAGGAAACAAAAUCCACAGACUUUUCUAGAGGCUAAAUUAUUCCACAUCCCUCGUACACGUCACACCUCCGAUGAUGUUUCAUUGCUUCCAGUGGAGAAACCUGACCUGAAGCUCGGCACUUCACCCGAAAUGUCGAUACCUUCGGUGUCAAGUAGUGGAGAUGACUUAUCCUCUUCUUUAGGAUGUUACCCAAUAUUUCCGAAAAAACCUUUUGGUGCGUGUGACUCGGAUAAUGAUUUACACCUUGGUUUGAGACCUAUUGUUGGCAGUGCAGGUUCACCAGUGGGGCACAGAAACUUUCUUAACCAUUACACGCGACAUCGUGCCCUCAUAAACCCAUUUGCACCGUCAAGAAUGCAGUUUAAAAUGACAUCUAACAGGAGAAGAUGGAUUCAUGCUUUCCCAACUGACCCUCGUGGAGUGGCUGUACAGACACAUCAUGUCCAUACAUACAGUUAUAAUGACAACAACGAUCAGGAAGAUGUUGACCUUUGUGAACUCACCCCCGAAGUCAUAGAGGCUGCAGAGUUAGCUGUCAGGGCAAGGAAAGAAUUAGGAAAUAGUAAAAGUAGUGAUAAACUUUCAGAGUCUAGCACGCUAGAUGACUUGACCAGUAUGUCAGGGGCUUCUCCGUUACGGAAAGUAGGGUUACAUGAUCAUGGUCGAAGCUUUCACAGGGACUUUAAAGGUCAAAAGUCAUUCAUGUGGGGUCCGACAGGUGAACAGGAAUGGUCACCAGAACUUACAACAGGACAAGAUUGGCGCCCUCUAGAUGAUGCAGAAAUCAAUCAAGCGGAAUCGCGCCUAAUAAAGCCGAUUCUGACAGCCGAUAUUGAAAAUACACAAAACUUUUGUGCCGGCAUAAGUGUUGAUUGGAAGUCAUUGACCAUGCCUGCCUCGUUACCGAUAACAACGGAUUAUUUUCCGGACCAUAUCAGCCUGCAGAAUGACUACGUAGUGUCUGACUACAGUUUACUACCGGACGAUGUGAACAGUGAUUACUACAUGAAGGACAAUUUAAACAAAAGUAAAAGUCCACCUGUCUCCGAAGAUGAGAAAUAUUUCAGAAAACAGCCACUAAGUACAAAGGAGGUGUUUAAAGAGUUGAUAUCUCAGAGACUUGCGCAGGGUUUCCAGUUAAUAACAAUGUUGAAACCAUCCAGUGGUCCUCAAAUUUUUGGGUCUAGUCAGACAAAUCAGAGAUACUACCUGGGUUCAAGUCCUCAGGUAUCCCACAUGUCAGGUCUCAUGAGAGCAAGACCUAGAGAAGAGCAGGCAGAGGAAGUAUAUUUGAGUAUAGGAAGAAUUUUCCACAAGUUAACGUUGACAGGACCCACAAUUACUGUCACCAGAUACAGGCCAAGGCAUCCAAACUCGCAGAUGUGUUACAGUUAUAAGUACAGAUUCCAAGCACCAGACUCUUUCCACUAUGACAUAUCAUGGAGCGAAUUCCGCAACGAGAAACUCGAGAGUUACAACUGGAAUUACCUCGACCAAUAUAUCUGUACACGUGGCGAGGGCGACUUUGGUCUCAUGGAUUCAUUGAAGUUUUGGAGAAGUCGGUUUUAUAUUUUACCUUGUUCAAAUCAGUCUACCAAGAAGAUUAUAGAAGGUGCAGUUAGGUGUGAUAUUUAUGAAGACAAAACAACAGUAGAGUUGAAGCAACUUGUUACAGGGUUUACACGUUACCUUGAAGUUCUCAACAAGAUGAAGAGAACAGCAAUCACAAGGCAAACAACUUGUCAGCACACAGAGUUCUUGGAUCAAAAUCCUAAAGGAAUACCACAGCCAGAUACCAGGCCUGAGUCUGAUAUACUGACUGUCAAUUCGCCUUCAGAAAAGAUUGUGAAAUGGAUGGUGGAUCCUGGAUGUGGUAUUCCUAUGUUACCUAAGCAACACGGUUUACCAACACAGUGCUUUAUCUCAGCUGAGGUAGUGGACUGGUGCUAUUAUCAUGUUAAGGGAGUGAAAGGGGUCAAGUCCGCUAUGGAAAUGCUUCAGAGAGUUUGUGAUGAUGGGUAUAUAAUACAUGCCUCUGGUAGUCCCAGUCAUAAGAUAAUCUAUGGUUUCUAUCUCUAUACGUUUGUUUCCAAGGACAAGACUAAGGAAGAACAGGGGCUGUUUUAUAAUCCCUUGUUUCAAAAUGACUGGUGUGAAGUUGCCUUUGUCCCAGUACACGAGGAUGUUGACUCAACUCUAGUCAAGUUUAGUUUAGAUGAAAAAGAAGGGAGUCCACCAAUAUUUGACUUGACGUCUGCUCUAGAUGAGGACUGGAGGGUCCAGACUGGGUUGAAUAAAACAGGUCAUACUUGGCCACAACAGUCAGUUUCAGAGCUAAAAACAAAAGCAACUUUGAUGCACAAGUAUGUAAAUGUUGAUGUGGAUCCCCAGUCAAAGAGUGAUAGACCCGAGUGGGCUACAGCCAGGUACCAUGCCCACUACAGUCCUCAUUGUGGCUUUGAACUUCAGGUGCAAUGGAUGGUAUCCACUGGUCAGAUCCUAGGUGACUUGAUCAACAACUGGGCAAGAAAAGCCAGUUCAUGUGGUUUUCACCUGAUGCCAGUUCCAGUUGACCCCUUUGCCCUACCUACAGCACCGGACAGUGACCCAUUGAGAGGACCCAUCUUUGUACCAUUGAAUGUAGGAUGUAUGGAGACUGGUGGCUCUUUGUUCCAAGGGCAUGAUGAAGAUACAAGGCAGCAAAAAUUGCUACACCUCCAGGAAACUAUAAUCAGAAGGUUUGGUUUUAUGGGAAGUAGUGUACGUCUGGCUAACAAGACACAGAUUCCUACAGCCAUAGAAGAGCAUCACCAAUAUGUACACUGUACAGGUGGUAUGUUUGUCAUAAUUGAAGGCACUCAUAUGUCCAGUCCUUCCCCGUUACCAAAAGAAAUGAAAAUUGGCCGCAAAUUUGGUAAUGGUAAGGAACAAAGGUCAACAGGGAGUUUGACCCGGAAGUCAACGGCCGAGAUGCGUAAAGAUUACAUUGCCAGACAGACUAGUCAGACAUUUAACCAGAACAUUGAAACCGAUCACGAGGUCGGGUUUUUGUGGUCAUGGAAUUUCAUGUCGUCAAGACGCUGGAGGUCAUCAAAUACGGGUGAUGAACAUUUUCAAGAUCGUGUUCUUAGUGAUUUUAGAGCAUUUUGUGCUAAUGAAGAGAACAGAUUGCUAACAUUUUGGAAUCACUACAAGGAAAAUAAUUAUGUUUAGUGCAAUAUUUUGUUAUUUUGUCUUGAAAUUUCAUAUUAAUUAUUUAUGCUGAGGAUUAUCAUCAAGGUCAUUAUCGUCAUAAUCCAAACGAUUGCUUGUUCUUAUGUUUCUCUUGAUUAAUUUCUUUUUUAGCUUGACUUUUUUUUUCAAGAAAAUAGAGGUAUUGUUACAGUUGUUGCCGUCCGCAAACCUUGAUCAUAACUUUUUGAGUUCUUGGUGUAUUGUCUUCAUACAUGGCCACAAGAACCAGACUAAACUUGACCUUCAUUCAUAAAUGACCUUGACUUUCAAAGUCAAAUUCUAAAUUUUGCUUUAUUUUUAGCUCACCUGUCACAAAGUGACAGGGUGAGCUUUUGUGAUCGCUUUUCGUCCGGCGUCCGUCCGUCGUCCGUCCGUCCGUAAACUUUUGCUUUAAAUGACAUCUCCUCAUAAACCACUGAGCCAAUUUCAUCCAAACUUCACAGGAAUGUUCCUUUGGUGGUCACCUUUAAAAAUUGUUCAAAGAAUUUAAUUCCAUGCAGAACUCUGGUUGCCAUGGCAACCGAAAGAAAAAUCUUAAAAUAUCUUCUUUAAAACAACCCUAAGAGCUAGAGCUAAGAUAUUUGGCAUGAAACAUCUUCUAAUGACUGUCUACCAAGUUUGUUCAAAUAAAAGCCCUGGGGUCAAAAUUGGCCCCGCCCCAGGGGGUCAUUGAUUUUCCCUAUAUGCAUAUAGUAAAAACUUAAAAAAUCUUCCUUUAGAGAACCCAAAGAGCUAGAGCUAAGAUAUUUGGCAUGAAGCAUCUUCUAGUGAGUGUCUACCAAGUUUGUUUAAAUAAAAGCCCUGGGGUCAAAAUUGGCCCCGCCCCAGGGGGUCAUUGAUUUUCCCUAUAUGCAUAUAGUAAAAACUUAAAAAUCUUCUUUUAAAGAACCGUAAGAGCUAAGGCUUAGAUAUUUGGCAUGAAACAUCUUCUAGUGAAUGUCUACCAAGUUUGUUCAAAUAAAAGCCCGGGGGUCAAAAUUGGCCCCGCCCCAGGGGGUCAUGGAUUUUCCCUAUAUGCAUAUAGUAAAAACUUAAAAAAUCUUCUUUUAAAGAACCCAAAGAGCUAAAGCUAAGAUAUUUAGCAUGAAACAUCUUCUAAUGAGUGUCUACCAAGUUUGUUCAAAUAAAAGCCCUGGGGUCAAAAUUGGCCCCGCCCCAGGGGGUCAUUGAUUUUCCCUAUAUGCAUAUAGUAAAAACUUAAAAAAUCUUCUUUUAAAGAACUCAAAGAGCUAGAGCUAAGAUAUUUAGCAUGAAACAUGUUCUAAUGGGUGUCUACCAAGUAUGUUCAAAUAAAAGCCCUGGGGUCAAAACUGGCCCCGCCCCGGGGGUCAUUGAUUUUCCUUAUAAUUUAUGUGUAUAGCAAAAACUUAAAAAUUUUCUUUGAAAAAACCCAAAUAGCUAGAGUUUAGAUAUUAAGCAUGAAACAUCUUUAAGUAAAUAUCUACAAAGUUUGUUCAAAUAAAAGCCCGGGGGUCAAAACUGCCCCUGCCCCAGGGGUGUCAUUGUUUUUAACUAUAUGCUAUAUAUACAGGUGAGCGACCUCAGGGCCAUCAUGGCCCUCUUGUUGCUAUUAGUGGCUAUAACUUAUUUAUGAAUGGAUUGUCUUCAAAAUUGAACGCAACAAUCAUUCCAGUUAAUCAGACAAACCUUGACCAUCACCCAUAAAUGACCUUUACCUUGAAGGUCAAUUAAUUGAAAUUUUCAUUUUUUUUGGGCUGUAACUGGCUAUAACUUUUUUUAUUAAUGAAUGCAUUGAGUUCAUUUUUAGGAUAAGACCUACAUGUAUAUUAAACUCAAAUUGAUCUAAGCUUGUUUAUGACUUUGAUCAUUGAAAUUUCACUGAAUUUUGCUAUAAUUGACUGUAACUUGGUAAUGAAUAAACAGAUUAUCAUCAUACUUGGAAAAAACAACCUUUUGGACAAGAUCUUUUAAAAAGUUGAAUUGACCUUGACCCAAAGUUUUAAAUGACCUUGACCAUCAUGGUCAAAUUUUUGAAUUUUUGUUAAAUUGUCAUAAUUUUGUUAUUUGUUCAGAUGUACAGAUUUUAUUUUUAAUAGGACAUAAGAAAACUAACAUAUUGAAUAAUUAAGAUGUGACAUUUACCUUUAAUUGACCUUGGCAAUCAAGGUCAGUUUGAUAAAAAAAUUGUUUUCCUGUAACUGGCUAUAACUUUGUUAUGUGUUUAUAGAUUAACUUCAUAUUUAGACACACAUCUUUUAGGUCAGGAUCUUCAUGUAUAUCAAACUACAAUUGACAUUGACUCAUGUAUGACCUUGACCUUGAAGGUCAUAUUGAAUUUUCACUGAUUAUUGCUUUAAUGGACUGUAACUUGGUAAUUGAUCAAUGGAUUAUCUUCAUAUUUGGACAAAACAACCUUUUGCAUGAGACCUUGUAAAAUGUUGAGCUGACCUUGAUGUUUAGCUUUAAAUGACCUUGACUGUCAAGGUCAAAUUAAUGAAUUUUAGUUAAGUUGUCAUAAUUUUGUUAUUUAUGCAGGAUUUGAUUUAUAAUUUUACAAAACAACACUUGUGACCAAACAAACAUGUUGAAUAAUGUAGAUAUGACAAUGAACUUAAAUGACCUUGACCAUCAAAUAAACGAAUUUUGCUUAUAUUUUAAGUUUGUCAUUUAUUUAUGGAAAUGAUUCAUACUUUGACAAAACGAGAAGUGUGACUUGACAAACCUAUUAAAAAAAACAAAAAAAUAUUUUUUUUUCAUUAAUUUUCUUUUUAUUUUUAAGGGAUUUGUUUAAAGAUAUAUUAUGCUCAUCUUUGAGUGGAAUAUUUUUAUUGCAGAAAUUUAUUGAAAUCUAUAAAUUCUUACUGAAUAUGUGUUAUUUGAAUAAAAUAGCGUACAAACUAUG